AUGCACAAUAUAAACAACUCUAGAGGUGAAACUUUAACAGAAAGUUUAAAAAUGCACGUACUUAUAUCUAUUAAUAAUACCACGCAAAACGCUGAGGAAACGUGGCAAGAAUUUGAAAAGUUAUGUUUAUCGCGAAAAAUUAGACUAGAUAGCGACAAACGCCAUAGGGCAACAAUAGACAUUAAAACCGCAAAAUUUAUUAAGGAUGCGAAUGCCCAAUUGCUAGCGUAUAACAAGGAAAUAAGCUUACGUUGGCGAGAAUAUUAUAAAGAACUACUAAAUGAAGAUCCUCCUAGAGUAGACAUAGGGCAUCUCAACCCAAUACCUGGGCCGAUAUCUUUUAUAGAGCCAGAAGAAGUAAGAGCUGCUUUACUCCGAAUGAAGAGUAAUAAGGUUGUUGUACCGGAUAAAAUUUCAGUAGAAGUUUGGAAAAAAAUUGGGAGACAUAGCAAAGGCGAUGUUGGAGAUUGUGGAAAUUAUCGAGCGAUAAAACUUAUGUCUCACAUAUUCAAAAUUUGGGAACGAGUGAUAAUCAAAUUGGCGUUUAUCAAAUAUAUAUCUAUCACAGAAAAUCAAUGUGGAUUCGCUGCUGGCAAAUCAACAACAUACGAUAUUCAGACCCUGAGAAUAUUGAUGGGAAAAUACCGAACUAACAAUAAAAAUCUUCAUCUUGUAUUUAUUGACCUUGAGAAAACCUUUGAUCGCGUGAACCCCAGUGCAAAAACUCCAGCAGAAUUAAGUGAGAACUUCGAAGUUAAAAUGGGCGUACACCAAGGCUCGGCUCUAAGUCCGUUUCUUUUAAACUUAGUUGUGCCAUUUGCCCAUCAAAGCGAAGGGAAAAAUUUCUAA